AUGGCGGCAAUCGCACAGCAACCAAGGACAUUGACGACGAAAGAGGCUGACAUACAGCUGAUGUUGGCAGCUGAAGUCCACCUCGGUACUAAGAACUGUGACUUCCAAAUGGAACGUUACGUCUUUAGGCGUCACAACGACGGUAUCUACAUUAUUAACGCUGGAAAGACAUGGGAUAAGCUGCAUAUGGCAGCUAGAGUUAUUGUUUCUAUUGAGAAUCCUCAGGACAUCAUUGUGCAAUCUGCCAGGCCCUAUGGACAGAGAGCCGUCUUGAAGUUCGCACAAUAUACUGGCAAUUCCUCAGAAUUGCAACUCGAAAAGCCGAUCCAUGUCGCGAUAUCAGAAAGGGAAUUGGACUGGGCUAGAAGAUUUAUGUCACAGGAGAAUUCUUUAAUGCUACAGGUUAAAUCAAUAGGAAAUAUAGAAGUUACAACUAAUUAUCCAUCUUCAGUUGAAAAAUCAGCGGAUUCUACCGCUCCGAUUGAGAGAUCUACAAUCGCAAUUUUAGAUGGACUCGCCUGGAAAUCGCCAGAUGGGUGA